GUUCAAUUCCCUCCCAAGUGCAGAAGAUCUCUGGAGUUUUAAGUAAGCAAUGUUGUGGGAAAAAAAUAGAUUUAAAGGUAUUAACUUUUAGGAGGUAUUAACAAUCAUCAUAAUGCUCUAUAUUUUGGGCCAUAUUUACGCGUAAAGGACACUUAAUAGCUUUUGGAAUGUGAAUCGACGUGUCAUAUACAUAAGUCAUGGUAAGAAGUAAGAUAAAAUUAAAUUGGGAACUUAGGUAGUCCAUUUACAAUUAUAGUAUAGUAUUAGUAAGACAUUCAGAGGCGUAGAGAAGAUGAGGCGGUUCUCAACCUUUUCCAGACCAUCUGAAAACACAUACCCUUUCAGCUAUGAAGUAGCAACGAAAAUAAUUGUGUGGCUGGGGGUCGCCACGACACGAGAAACUGUAUUAAAGGGUCGCGGCACUAGAAAGGUUGAGCACCACUGUUUUACACUAUAAUUGUGUUGAAUCUUGGUUACAUAAAAAACAGGUUUCUCGAUCUUGCUAGGGUUGCACUUGUAGUUCUUGCCAUGGGCGCCAUUAAUGCUCGGUGUACAUUGGUGAAGGGGGAGGUCGGGUGGUACUCUACUGGCAUUGGGGUUUAGGGUACCUAAGUGUCCGAUUUUCUUUUAAAGAACGUUUGGAUAAAUUAUAAACAUGCUUAAGAAUUCUGUGUCCAUAUAGAACCUUUUGGUAACCUGGGGCAUAUUGACCUUUUGGUAGCCUGGGGCAUAUUGACCUUUUUGUAGCCUGGGGCAUAUUGACCUUUUGGUAGCCUGGGGCAUAUUGACCUUUUGGUAGCCUGGGGCAUAUUGACCUUUUGGUAGCCUGGGGCAUAUUGACCUUUUGGUAGCCUGGGGCAUAUUGACCUUUUGGUAGCCUGAAGCAUAUUGACCUUUUGGUAGCCUGGGGCAUAUUGACCUUUUGGUAGCCUGGGGCAAACAAAACAGCAAAGCUGUUGGAAAUGUUGCUGCAGGCUGUAUAAAAAUCUCACGAAAGUAUGCUUUGCACAAAUAACUUUGAUAAGAUAACUAUGCUAACAGAGACGUAGCUAGGGAUUGGGGGGGGGAUUUUGGGGCCCGGGGGCUUCGCCUCUUAGAGGAACCUGCAUUUUGACAUUCGACAUUAUUUCAUGUGAAAAAAAAUUUCGGACACGCCUUUGGGGGCCCCCUCAAGUAAGGGCCCGGGGGAGACUUUUGAAUUUGGACCCCCCUCCCCUGGCUAUGCUAAGAUCACACAGUUGUAUCAUGGUUCUCCAAUGAAGCAACAACCGAUUCGAUGCUAGUAGGUUGUAAACAAAAAACACGCACACCAAUCAUGUCCUCGUCUUCUUUGUUGUAAGGAAGUUGUUAUUUAGGGAUUGGUUGGCGGCUUUCUCACGAUUGACAUUGACGAAAGAAAUCACGACUGAUGCCAAUCUGAAUCACAAGGCAAUCGACGAACUGCUAUUUGCUAAUGACCAAUCCACCUUGAACGACAAGAACUAGCUGCAUUGUAGCCUUGAACAGUACCGGCGCAAUGUAUGCAAUAGAAGCCAACGCGUACAAGACUGGGUUCAGGUCACGUUGGCCGAAACCAAAGAAAAAAACUGGGCAUACUGCUCCGAAAACUUAAAGAUUUUUAGAUAUCUGGGAAGCAUCUUUUCUUUGAAGACAGAAAGAAAAAAAAAGGACAGAGAGAUAAGUCAAGAAUACUUAGCGAAAACGCAAGCAAAUCGACCCGCAAACCAAGACACCCAAGAAUAUUGAUGGAGCCCAAAGCCAGGUUAAAAGUAUGGACACUAUUUUAUCCCAACCCUUACUUACCAGUGCCAUGUCUGAUCACUAGGUAUGAUCUGAACUGAAACGCCAAAAUGUUGUGCAAGGAAGUGCUCCGACAACUAUUCAUCGGUUGCAACGUUGCUAUGUUAAUAGCAGGCGCCGUCGUGAUAGGCUUCGGGACACAUAUGUCUUCUAAGGCCGGUCUCGACAUGCUACAAUAUCGACAGGAGCUCUCGGAAUUUCUGGCGGUGAGUAAUGGGGCCUUAACGUAUGUGUGAGUAUUGGGGCUUAAAGUACGUGUGAGUAUUGGGGCAUUAAUGUGUGUGUGAGUAUUGGGGCAUUAAUGUACAUGUGAGUAUUGGGGCCAUAACGUAUGUGUGAGUAUUGGGGCAUUAAUGUAUGUGUGAGUAUUGAGGCCAUAACGUAUGUGUGAGUAUUGGGGCAUUAACGUGCGUGUCAGUAUUGGGGCUUAAAGUACGUGUGAGUAUUGGGGCAUUAACGUAUGUGUGAGUAUUGGGGCAUUAAUGUAUUUGUGAGUAUUGGGGCCUUAACGUGCGCGUGAGUAUUGGGGCUUAAAGUACGUGUGAGUAUUGGGGCAUUAACGUAUGUGUGAGUAUUGGGACAUUAAUGUAUGUGUGAGUAUUGGGGCCUUAACGUGCGUGUGAGUAUUGGGGCUUAAAGUACGUGUGAGUAUUGGGGCCUUAAUGUAUGUGUGAGUAUUGGGGCCGUAACGUAUGUGUGAGUAUUGGGGCCUUAACGUAUGUGUGAGUAUUGGGGCCUUAAAGUAUGUGUGAGUAUUGGGGCCUUAACGUAUGUGUGAGUAUUGGGGCAUUAACGUAUGUGUGAGUAUUGGGGCCUUAACGUAUGUGUGAGUAUUGGGGCCUUAACGUAUGUGUGAGUAUUGGGGCCUUAACGUAUGUGUGAGUAUUGGGGCCUUAACGUACGUGUGAGUAUUGGGGCCUUAAGGUAUGUGUGAGUAUUGGGUCCUUAACGUAUGUGUGAGUAUUGGGGUCUUAACGUACGUGUGAGUAUUUUGAAUUUCCAGCAUGUAUUUUGGGGCAUGAGUUUUAUUAUAUGAUAUUGCCAUGUUAUCAAAAUUUAUAAAUUCUAGGCUGUCGAUUCGCAUAGUUAUUCAUUUAGUGUAAUGGUUAAGUUGAAACAAAUGAUUGUCAUUGAAGUUCAUAUUAACUCGACAUUGCCUCUCCAAUCCUUAUAAACCAAAGGCUGUUUGAAUGGGAUAGUUCCCCUGCCUACCCAUCUUAUUUGUUAGUUUCCUUACCAACCCAGUUUUGUUAUAGUUCCCUUGCCUACCCAUCUUAUUUGUUAGUUUCCUUACCAACCCAGUUUUGUUAUAGUUCCCUUGCCUACCCAUCUUAUUUGUUAGUUUCCUUACCAACCCAGUUUUGUUAUAGUUCCCUUGCCUACCCAUCUUAUUUGUUAGUUUCCUUACCAACCCAGUUUUGUUAUAGUUCCCCUGCCUACCCAUCUUAUUUGUUAGUUUCCUUACCAACCCAGUUUUGUUAUAGUUCCCUUGCCUACCCAGGUUUUUUUAUAGUUCCCUUGCCUACUUUUUUGAUAGUUCCAUUGCCUUCCCAUGUUGACUGAUAGUUCCCUUGCCUUCCAAGGUUUUUUUUUUAUAGUUCCCUUGCUUCCACAGAUUGAUUGAUGGUUCCCUUGCCUGCCAAGGUUGAUUGAUAGUUCCCUUGCCUCCACAUGUGGAUUGAUGGUUCCUUGCCUCCACAUGUGGAUUGAUAGUUCCCUGGCCUCCACAUGUGGAUUGAUGGUUCCCUUGUCUCUACAUGUGAAUUGAUGGUUCCCCUGCCUUCACAUGUGGAUUGAUAGUUCCCUUGCCUCCACAUGUGGAUUGAUUGUUCCCUUGCCUCCACAUGUGAAUUGAUGGUUCCCCUGCCUUCACAUGUGGAUUGAUGGUUCCCUUGCCUCCACAUGUGGAUUGAUAGUUCCCCUGCCUCCACAUGUGGAUUGAUAGUUCCUUCCCGUUCCCCAGGUUGGUGGCGACGUUUUGGCGGGCGUCGGUUACCUCUUAUUCGGCCUCGCCGUCUUCGGUCUGGUCGGAGUCUUGACCCACUUUCCCUGUGUGCUCAGCCAGUACGCCAACAUCGUGGCCGUAUUGUUUGUGGUCUCUGUGGUAGGAUCAACGGGAAUACUCAGCAAUCUGGUAAGUGUUUAUCGGAGAAAUAAAAAAAAAAAAUUCUGUCACAGAUUUCAGAUAUGAAUGUGAAUACAUGGGAGAUAAGCAAUAUGAUAGUUAUUACUUAUAUAAUGUACAGAGUGUUGGGACUUGAGCGAACCGGCCAAUGAGAGCGAAGUCAGUGUGAAACAAGAAUGAGGUUGAAUAAAAUGGUAGUUGAAUCAAGAAUUUUUUGUAUGAGAAGAUUGAACAUGUUUUAAAUGAAGAUUUAUAGUGUGUUGGCACAUAACUAAGUGACGAAGAUUACCGAAAAGUUAGUCAUUGAAAUUCAUAUAAGUUCCAAGUGUUCUUCGCAGUCACUUGUGUGAGAUCAAAGGUCUCAUUUUGAAUGUCAAAUGCGAACAAUAUAGAAAGCCACUGCUAUUUGAACCAAUUCGCCACUGGUAUUAUUAAAAAAAAAAAAAAUUAUUGACAAGAAAUUUUGUAGUUACAUAUUUCAUGAAGGAGAAAAAAAUAUAACUUUAAAAAAUAACGCGCAUUACCAUAGUAGUAACAAUACGUUUUGUUAUAAUGGAUAUUCUUUUUUUUUUUCCUUCUCUUUUUUUUUUAACAGAAAUAUUUGGUGAAAUGAAUCUGUGCAGUAAAAGGGCGCGUGCCAUUAGAACAUUAUUAAUAUAGUUCAUUGGCGUCAACAACAAAAAAUGUGCUGCUGCGAACCUAGGGUUGGGGGUGGUGGGGGUGGAAGCACUAAUUGUAAUUCUUAUAAAGUGCUUUACUUCUAUGCAUGAUUUAUCAAAUUUUCAUGCCCCUACCCCCCCUCUCCCCCAUUGCUCAAUAUUACAUUUUUUUAAAAGGUUUUAUAGGGCAAAAGUUUUGGUUUUAGGGUUUGUCUAAUUUGCAAUGUUCUUCGUAUGACCCCUAGAGUUUGAGCAAACAGUUUCAUCCCGCAGGAAGACAUCGUGUUCCAUGGCAGGAAGGUGGCGAUUGCUGCCCUGGCCAUCUACUACGGCGAGUCACGCAAGCCUUCGAACAAGUUCACAAAGUUCAUGGACAAAUUACAG